AGAUUAGGUGGUAGGCGAACCAAAGAACAAAGAAAAAACAGUGUAAAUUUUAUGAUAGUUCUGUAUAACUUUGCAGAUCAGUUUAGAACUUGGCCGAUUAUCCAAAGGACAUAUUUUUUAUGUGCAUAUGUGACAAGAUGUAGACAAGACCAGGGAACAGUUGUGGCUCGGUCAAUGUAAUCUUAUAUUGACCUUCAACAUGACCUUCUAAUAUUUAAAUACAUCUUUUCGUAUCACCUGGUAUGUUCAUGACUUUGACAAUAGAUGGAACUAACAACGAAUCGACGCAGUAAGAAAAUUGGCAACUGGGCUUCCACCAAGUUUCAAUUUUCUUUAGCGAAGAGUGGGUCUGCAGGGAUCAAGUAUGAGUGGUAUGGAUCACCAGGCUACAGUGGAUAAUAGGGGACUAAGAAUGAAAAUAAAACGCACCAAAAAUAUGGGACCUACAAGCAACAAAAGUGACACCAAACACGAAAUUGUGAAACCCGGAGAAGCUAAAGCAGCGCAUGGAUCAUCUUCCUCGUCAUCUGCCUCAUCGUCUUCAGUAAUGGACGGAAUCUCAGCAGCUAAUGGGUCAACUGUGGAUAAGUCAAAACUGUCUACAGCCACUGACAGGGACAAAUCUCCAAAGGUGAAAAAUUUGCACAAAAGAGAACGUAGCAAAGAGAAAAUGAGUAAGGAUUGUAAUGCAACAUCUCUGUCCUCUGUUUGCUCACUUGAUGUGCCAUUUUCUCAAGUUUCUCUGGAACCUAACCAGGCAGAAGUUCCGCAGGGGAAAAAAGAAAACCUACCUGAUCCCUAUGAGUUUAAUGCUAAAGUGGAGGACGGUAUUGGUUUUCCUGUUAAAAAGAUAAAAAGUGAAAAGAAUGAUGCAUCUACCUCAGCAAACUCUCAGUCACAGAGUUUGACCAAUGCCAGUACGGAGACCUGCAGCAUAGGUGUCUCCACUGAUUCAGAAUUCCUCGGACCAUGUGAGCCUGGCACUAGUGUCACCCUCGAAGGCAUCGUGUGGCAUGAAACUGAAAAUGGAGUCUUGGUUGUCAAUGUGACUUGGAGAGACAAAACUUAUGUGGGGACACUGUUAGAUGCUACCAAGCAUGACUGGGCUCCUCCAAGGUUCAACUGUGAUUCUCCAGUCAGUGAGUUUGAGACCAGAACUCCUAAAGGGAGAGCCAAAAGAGGAAGGGGUUCUGCUUCUACAACGCCAGUCAAUGAAAAGGGGCCAGAGGGGAGAAAACUUCGCAAAGGACGAAAAGGGAGCAACACGUUUCAGGCCCCUCCCAGUCCUGCAAAGUGUGAACCCUCAGUGUCUGGGGGAAUGAAACGAAAAGGACGUCCCACAGAUAUUGACUUAUCAGCAGGCAUGACCAAACGCAGCAGGUCAUGUUCACAGGGAAACCAGGGCACUGAAAGUCCUGUAUCCACAUUGAUAGAAUGUCCGGAGCCAAAUUGUGGCAAAAAAUACAAGCAUCCAAAUGGACUGAAAUAUCAUCAAACACAUGCCCAUCAGAGUUCAGGAGUCACGACUGAUGUGGAUGAGGAUACGCGGGACACUUGUGACAAUGUGGAUGAUGAUGUGGACAGUAGUAUUGCUGAUCCCUCUGAGGCCCCCGACACCAACAACACCAAGUUGGGCAAGUCUGAGGCAACAGAGGAAGAAAGUAAGAAAGAGGAAGAAGGUGCUAAAUCGGAUAGUGAGAAUAUGGAGGACUUAGAAGUUGACGUGAAUGGAGAAACGUCUAAGGCAGAUUCGGUAGAGAAAAAGGAACCCGUUGUGUCCACUAGUGUUUCCGUUAGUAAAAGUGCAGGAGGGAAAUCAAUUGCUAGUAUACCAUCAGGAAAUGCUUUCCAGAUUGUGUCUAAGCAACAUAUUGCAUCUCCAACAUUUGGAGGGGUCGGUCUGCUCUCUCAAAGCCCGCUACAGACUGGAUCUAUACCCAGUGGUCAAGUUUUGCCACUAGUCACUGCGGUAGUGACCACUAAUCCUAUUCAGACUGGGGCCACUCUCACUGUAGCAGCCAUAUCUGCUACAACACAACCUUUGGAUCUGAAAACUGAAUCAUCUAAAACAGAGAAACCAAUUCGACCAAAGAUCAGUCAUAUUAUGCCACAAAUUGUUGCCCUGACAACAACUGUAUCAGUCACCCACACUAACGCGUCACCUGUGACCACAGCUAACAUGCAAGGUACCUCACAGCUUAUUCCAAUACAGCCAAAGCCCACUCCCCCAGGGGAGACAACUGUGUCUACCCCAUCAUUUUUGGGUCUGAAUAGGGACAGAAAACCCAAACAGAAGAAACGAGACAAAGUGAAAGAGAAGGAAUCCCCUUUGGCUGGUCCUCCUAUCAGCCAAAGUUUAGCCGCUGCACCAAUGAGGACUGGUAAAGUUGAACCACUGAAAAAUGAACAACAAAGUGCAGGUGUAAUUAAAGUUGCCCCGAUCAUAGCUAGCAAACCAAUGGAUCAUAAUAAAUCAGAAAGUUCUACAAUUACAAGUGCUCCCCGGCUUGAUCGACUGGACAAGCCUUUGUCCCUGUCCACCUCCGGUGCCAAUGUUGGUGUGGUGACUGCCCAGGUGCAACCCUCCCCGAAAGGGGUAGACCUUUCACAAACACGACCAACAGAUGCACCCAGUAUGUUAAAAGUGAAUCCGUCACUGGCUGCCCUAGACAGCAGGUCAAACCGAAAUGAAGAAGUGCAGAGUCCCUCCUACUAUUCAGAUAUUUCUGAAGAGUCUGGAUCCCCGGCAACUCAUACCCAAAGUGAAAGCCCUCAGAAAAAUAAGGAUGAGGGCUUAGUCAAGAACAGAGACAAUGCCCCAAAUGUGCCAAACAUGCCCCCGUCCCAGCCUACAGUGAUGGACACCCAAUCCGUUCCCCCUUACAUGUAUGGUUCCUACUAUGGGCAGCCAGCCGCGCCUUACCUACUUUCACCCCAGAACAUGUCCUCUCCGGUGGGGACAAGUUCUGGUCCAAACACGCCUUCACAGCAGCCUCCACCACCCCAUCCUCACCACCCAUCUCAGCAGCCCCAUCCUCAUCAUCCUUCACAGCCCCACAUUUCAUUACAGACUCCUAACAAGGAUAGGAGCACGCCCUCAGAACAAUCCAAAACAGAAUCAAAAUUGAAACGAGAUGAUUCCAAAGACUCUGAUGGUAAAGACGAUCGUGGAGAUAAAGGUGAAGGUCGGGGAAUAACACAACAAGAAUACCAUCAUAUGCAACACCAGAAGUGGGUCCAACAGCAAAUGUAUGCCCUACAGAUCCCUCCCCAUGCCCAGUACCAGUUCUUGGCCACGUAUGGGCCCUAUUUUGACAAUGCCUACCAUAUGCAUAUGAUGUCAAAUGAUGCCCUAUACCGGCAGCAUCAUGAACAAAAGAUGGGUGAGGAGGAAAAGAAUCGUGGAGAUGGAGAGAGGAAGGAGGGUGAUAUAUCUAAGCCAAUACUUAGACCACCUACCUCUACAGACAAUGGGGCCAGUCAAGGAGGGGAUGGAGUGAUCGGAAGGGGAGCUCUGCCUCCAGGGGAUGGUCAUCAAGUGCACAAGGAGGGCGACAACAAAAGGACUGCCUCGGAAGCACUUUCAGAGAGGGAGCUUAAAGAAAAAAGUAUGAGAGAAAAACAAAAUGAAAACCACCAAAUCAUUAAAGAAAAUUUAGAUCUCAAAGAUCAAAUGGAUAGAAAUAGACUAGACCAGAGAUUUGAUCCUUUAUACGGACGUGAUAAUCCACGUGACAAAACUAGUGAGGAACAACGUAGAAUACAAAUGUACCGACAGCAAGCCAUGAUUAGACAUCAAAAACGUGAGGAACAGCACAAGAAAUUGGGUGAUGGUAACAAAUAUGAGCAUAGACCUUCAGAUUCAAAAUCCUCUAUCAUAAAUCAGGUCGGUAACAACAGCAGUGGGGCUGAGGGCCGACCAAGGGACCACUCUAUGGGGCCAGAGGCAGGCAAAUUAAAAGUGGAUAUCAAACGAGAACCAGAAGAUAAGGGGUUUAGAGACUCCAGUGAUGCAAGUGAUUCGAAAGUAUCAAGUGGUGACAAAAUUAAAUCAUUAUCAUCUUCAUCUUCCUCGUCUUCCUUAGACAGGAUAAGAGGACACGACACUCCAAAAGGUAAAUCAGGGAGUCGAGUGUCCAGCCCUCACACGCCCUCCUCCAACUCUAGUAUAAUUCCUUCAUCAAUGACUGCCACGGGCCCAAACGGGCCCACCUACCCAGCCUACAUGUACCCUAGUCAGUAUAUGCAGUCUUCAAUGUAUGGACAAAUGCCAUUUGAGCCCACCCACCCGAUGUAUCGAGGGAUGAAUCCGAUGAUGUACGGUGCUUAUCUUCAUCCAUCACAAAUUCCUCCAUAUCCUGUCAAUAUGGAAAUGGAUGAAAAGGAAAAAAUUGGUCUAGUACAAAAAUUAGCUCCUACAGAAAGUGAGAGUAAAUUAACAGACCCUACCCAUGGACCUCUAUAUCACAGCAGCUCUGGACCUAGUGCUACAAGUAAUAGUGCAAGUGGUAUAAGUAAAGGAAAUAGUGGCCAUAAAAUUCACGAACUUCAGGAAAAAACGAGGUCUGUGGCGAGUCCACACCGGGCUUCACCAGUGUCGGUAGGUAAGCCCGACGGACCUCCCACCCCCACCCAUUCCAUAGGGCCAGUGGACAAGAACCGCGAGUACAGCAGCUCUCCUCCCACUCAGAGGCAUGUCCACACCCACCACCACACGCAUGUCGUGGAGGCUGCAUACCCAGUGGGUUACUAUCCAGGUAUGUUCCCCGGUGCUAGUCAACAGAAGUCCCCUCCCGCUGCGACUGUCCAACCUCAGCCAGGACAUCCCCCAUAUCCACCACCCAAGUGAAGUUUGUAACAGACACAUUGAUUGGUGGAUCUCAUUCAACUUCAGUUGGCACAUUCCCCUUUUGUGCCCAGUCAGACUGAAGUGUUUCAAGCAAUGUGAUUGGUGGGUGCUUGCAGUAUUCUUAUCCAUCAGUGCCAACAAAAAGUGACGACUGAAAGAAAUGAUGUAAAAGGUCAACGUCUGAUGUAUGGUGAUCAAUUUACCACUAUUAGUCAAGUUCACAACUUUGGUUGUAGCUGGUUGAUGGAAACAAUGUCAGCUGUAUGUAUACAGAUUCAGCAGUAAUCUCGGUACCCAACCAGGAGUAUGGUUUGUGAAACGCCAGACCUAGAGUGUUUCAUGACAAAUGUGUAACAGCCCCUGUGAUUGGUGGAUAUACCUACAGUGUCCCUAUUUUAAGACCAAUAGGAUUGGUAGACGUUCUUAUUGUCAGAAGUCAAAUGUGUAAUAAAUGUUAAGAUUGGUUGACAUUUAUUUCAAAUAUCAGUUUAUAGAUUUAUGUAAAGAAUAUAUAUAUUGGGGAUAUAGGUAGGUGGUAAAUAUGUGUUCAUUGUACUGAUCAUCUUGGUUCUCUAAUUUACUUGGUCUUUAGGCUGUAGAUACUGAACUGACGGUGAGGCUCUCUACCUUCUGUAGAUACUGAACUGACGGUGAGGCUCUCUACCUUCUGUAGGUACUGAACUGACGGUGAGGCUUGCUACCUUCUAUAGAUACUGAACUGACAGUGAGGCUCUCUACCUUCUGUAGAAACUGAACUGACAGUGAGGCUCUCUACCUUCUGUAGAUACUGAACUGACGGUAAGGCUAUCUACUAUCUGUAGAUACUGAACCGACGGUAAGACUCUCUACAUUCUGUAGGUGCUGAACCAACAGUGAGGUUCUUUCUACUUUCCAUAGAUACUGAGCCGCGGGCGAUUCUCUCUCGUGGGCUGUGGAUACUGAUCUGACCGUGAGGUUCUCUUAUCUGUUUAGAUGCCGAGUCUCUCAUCUCCCUGGUCUGCCAUAACAGCUCUAUCUAGCAAUAAUGACCAUCUUCAGCAUUCGUUAAUAGAUUAUACUAUUUUACAAGCCCUGUGUAAAGUUUACAGUAUUUUACUUUGUACCUGUAAGUGAAAACUUCUGUCAAUAAUUGUAGUUAGAUUGGAUUUCUCAAAUUAAACUAACAAAUCUGGAAGGCAAUUUAAUGAAUAGCCUCUAGCUAUACUUUGUACUGAUUACAAAUUAUACAAUAUUACAGGUUAAAAGUGUGCUAAGCUCAACAAGAUUUUGUCUCUUUGAUAUGAUUUUAUAGCCUUUUUACAUCACAAGCAUAUGUUGACAAGAUUUAAAAAAAAAAUCUUUUUAUUUUAAUUUAAUGAAUUUAUGCCUAAUUUAAAUAAUAAAACCAAAUGAUAUUUGAUUGUUUUGCAUAUUAAAAAACUUAUAUACAAGUCUAAUUUAUGAAUCUGUGCUGCUCCGUAUUUUGUCAUAGCAGAUCUAGACCAAUUUCUACACGAAACUUUCAAAUUGUAUUCUAAAUAAUCGGUCAUAAUUCUGCCACCUGAAUAAAUAUUUUCUCCAUUAGUUUAUUACCUGAGUAAGUAAAGUUUCUCUGCAUGUGUCUUUGUGUACUGGUUGUAUGUCAUCCAGUGCUAAACGGUAGUAUUAUUUACUACUAUUUCAAAUCAAAAUGGUAUGUUUGUAUAAUAUAAAAUAUUCUUCCAUGUACACAAGACCUAUUUAAGUGCGGGUUUGUGUUGCAGUCUUCAGGCAGACUGUAGUAUAUAUUCCUCUAAACAUACCCUGUGCUGAAGUAUUGUCUGAAAAAUAGGAAAGGCAUUUUGUCAAUUUGUAUAAAAAAAUUUUUUUUUAAUAUUUUGAAAGACUGUAUUGGGCACUUUUAAUAUGUGUAGACUUUCGUGUUUAGCACCGUGCCAAACAGUAGCUUUAUUCACUUUGCAUUUCAUUGACAUUGAAUGAUUAGAUGGCAAAGUGGAAGAUUUGAAUGUUCGAAAUAUAAAAAAAGAUGUAGUCAUAUUUUUUACAUAUGUUGUGAGAUGUGUAGUUCACACUUAUCUCUAGCCAAAUAGUUCACAUGUGAUAUUUGCAUGCAACACCGCGGUGAGGAUGAGUGGUUUAAUGUUUAAGGUAUUUUAUGUUCGAGAAGAUCAUGUAUGACUAUGGACUAGAGAGAUUACUCGUGAAGUGUAGGCGCAUGUACUAAGUACAUUUAUUUGAGAAGAAUGUAGCAGUAUCGCUGAACUUGGUUUUUUAAAAUUUUGUCAAGUUAGUCAGCAUGAAAGCAUUACUAUAUAUUUUAUGUUAAAACUAGAAGCCAAAUUGAUUUUUUCAUCAAGUAGAAUUUGGCACAUAUAUCCAUUCAAAUUUGCAAUUACAAUGUAUUUAUAAUGUUGUUUUUUUUGGGGGGGUAACUUUAUCUUCUGCAAUAUAUCAGUCCAUCCACUCAAACUUAAUUACUUUAACUGCAAUGAAUUAGUACAGUAAUGUUAUAUAUAUGCAAAUGAAGCAAACGAGAAUUUUGAAUCUCUUGUCAUAUUCCCCCAUCUUAAACAUUUUAAUACAAUUGGAAUUAGCUAUACUUACCUUUCCACUUCGGUGCCAUACUGUAAUGUUGGUGCGAUAAUCCCCUAGUCCAGGACAAAUAAAUCUGUUUCAUAUGCUGCUAUUUCUCCAACUUAUCCUAAAAUUUAGUAUGUAUAAAGCUGGUUUUUUUUCGUUAAUUUAACACUGCUGUAAAGUCUCCACAGUUUAACCCGGUGAUCCCCUACCAUUGAGGAUCCCCUACCAUUGAAACCAGAGGGUUGGGGUAGGGGAACUAGUUUCCUCUCUGUCCUUCUUGUUUGUCAGCGAUCUAGCAGCUUCUUCUCUGGAAGAAUUUUGAUCCAACCUCAAGCAAUGAUAAAUGACCAUAAAAUCUAAAAAAAACAACAAGUGUUUUAGCAGGGGGGGGUGGGUUCUUCUGUGAUUUAAUUGUAGAGUCGUGAACAUUUAAUGAUGUACAAACUGGCAAAUGAUGUAAGUAAGCAUGUAAUGAACUAUGAAUUAUGAUUAGAAAUUAAAAAAAAAUAAAAUCUAUUACUGUCGAUAUUUACAUAAACUGUUUAGACUUAUACUAUAGCUACAUGUAUGGGAAUUACCCCUCGGGUACAAAACUCCUAUGCUUGCUUGACAAACACUAGUGAUGCACGGAAUUCUAUACAUGAACACAAGCUGUGUAGCUAUUAACCUGUGUUAAUUGUUAUUUAAUGGUAUUUCCCUAUGCAGGAAAUUUACAAGGUUUAGAUUUUUGUCAUGUAACUAGCCAGUUUUUUAUGCAACAUAUUGGUAAAGUAAUUUUUAAUUUGUAAUAUGUUGUAAUGUUUUCACGGUAAGCUGCGUAUCUGUUCUCGUCCGUAGGCAAACUGAUUGGCAUGUCAGUAGAUUAACAAAGUAUGGGUGAACUAUUACACAUAUAUUGAAUCAAGGGUGUGAAUGUUUUGAGUAAAAGCUAUGAGUUAAGCCACAGUCCAAACAGGGAUGUACACGGUCUCUAUGGAAAUGACCUUGAUCUAUAUACAUGUAACCUCUGGGAAGGUUUGGGGACCCAGUGCUUCCUUGUGUAUGUUAUGACAGGUAUGUUUGUCUCUUUACGUUACUUUACACAAAUGUUUGCUAUAAACACGUUCAGCCUUUGUUCUAUAGUUGGGUGCUAUCUGUACAUUAUACAUAAUAUUUCCUGUUCUAAGUCAUUCCACAGUUUUCUAACAAGUAUAUCAGACUUUAUCGAGAUUGUAACGGAUGUGUUAUGGAAUAUCUUAGUAAGAAUGAAAUUUUGUAAGAACUAUUGGAAAUGGAUUUUUGUAAGACUGUUGACCAAAUUUACCAAGUAAAAAAAUCUCAAAUUUUCUUUUUUUUUUUUUUUUUUUUUUAAUAUUUUUUUUAUUCAAAUGCUGCCAUGGAAAUUCCUUUAGUAUGUAAUGAUUUAGGAUACUUGUUACUUUGGAAACAGAACAAGUAGAUGUCUUAAUUUUCUUGUUUCUAUAUGAUGUAUCCUGUAGUUUUAAAAUUUACUUUGUCUCGUCGAUAAAAUAUUUUUAAUGCAAGAUGUCAAAUUGUAUACCGUGAUUGUAUUCUUAGUUCAGACAAUUCUAGUUGUUGGUGUAAUGUUUUUGCUACCUCAGUAUAUGGUUGUUAAUGCUUUUCUUCGCAUAUUCAUCUUCCAACCCUGCUGAAAACAAGUCUGUUCUUUAACUCCCCUAAUUUCUUUCACCAGUUUCUGUUUAGCCUGUGCUAACUAGAAAAAUUUGAAAUCAUAUUUUGCCGUAAUUAAAAUUACUUUGUUUUUAUUUUCAAAUUGAGGCCAAAUUAUUUCCUUAUGAAGUCUUGUUAAAUCUGUCGAUGCAAUGGUUUCAGCAAUAUAUUUAGAAACUUAUUUUAAUAUUUUGUAUACUGGAUUGCACUUUUUGUUUCAAUUAAAUUUUCUAAAAAAAAUUGUUCAAAAGCAAAUAAGAAUGUCUGUAUUUGUAAGGUAUUAAUAUGUUGUCUUUAAAGUCACAUAAGAAAUAUAUAUGUAUGCGUAGCAAUAAUGGUCUCUUAAUUAGUUUUCUUAAUACACAAACAAGUAUGUGUCCAAUGCUGUGCCGUGAUUAAUUAAGAAAAUGUAAUUGUCUAUUAAUACUGUGAAUACAAUGUAGUUCAGAUCGAGACGAGAUUUUAAUGCCUGCCAUUAAAAUGAUAAAUCUUGUUGUAGACAGCUUUUAGUUUUGUUUAUACCUAAGCACAAAGACGGUUGAUGGUGAUUUUUCAGAAAUUUCAUGAAAUUUAUAUAAAAUAAUGAUUCAGAGAUGAUUUAUGUCCAGUAUGCAUUAUAAUAUACAGUUGAAGAUGUUUGUGUACAAUCAAAAAGUCCAUAUCGGGCAAUGUUUCUGUUGAUGUUGUAGAUCAUUCGGAAUACCCUUUCCGUCAUUUUCCUACAUAAAUGCUAGUAGAAGUAGGUGAGGUGAUCCUAUUGGUUGUAAAUUGGAUGCAACAGCAAAAGUCAUGUGUAUGUAACACUAUAGUAAGGGAGGUAACUCUAGGGUAUAUUAAGAUGAGGUUGUGAAGUAAAUACAAGUUAUGUUGUAAACAGCUCAUCUGAAAUUGAGAUUUAUGGCAGAUGUACAAUUAAAAAUAUUGUUUCCUACAGUAUUGAUGUACAGAUUUUAUAUAUGUUCUACUGUAUGCAGAUGUUGUAAAUACAGGUUUUGAUGCGUGUACAUCUGUAUUUAACGGUACAAACUCCGUACCAAAUAUAUGAAGGUUUCAUUAGUGUAGACUAUCAGUACAUGCUUCACAGUGUGAGAGGGGAGGUCUACUGUACAUAUCUAUAUGUCCGGGAUUACAAAAAUGAGAGAGUAAGUUGACGAGUGGAAGGGAGCGUACAGUGUAUGAUGGUAUGAAUGUGUUAUAGGGCUGCUUGUGUGUUCAUUUUAAGUAUGUAUGCACUUGAUUGGAGUGACUGUGGCCAGUUUAAAAGUCAUGCAUAUCCAGUAGACUGGCUAGUGGUCACCUAUAUAUAAUAUAUCUCUACAUUUCUCUAUAGCCACUAACUACAGUGCUGCAGCAUAUACCAUGGCUUUACUCUAGCCUCAGCAAGGCUCCUCUCUGCCAUUUUAUACAUGAAUAAAUAAGUAUAAAUAUC